AUGGCCUAUCGCACUGCUAUAUUUCUCUUGGACGAUAAUCAUCCUACCAAUCAGAUUUUGUCUGAAUUUCUCUUUAGAUUCGGCUGCCGCGAGCCACGUAUUGUGGCUUACCUCGAGUCUCAGAGCUAUAUCGAAGAGCUUCAGCGCUUUAUCGAGGAUACAAACUACAAAACUUCACUCGAACUAGAACCUGAUCAACAUCAACACUCUCUUGGUCCAUCCAACCAUGAGGAAGUGAGACAAUCCCAUCAAAACAAUUCCCUUCCUCAGCAGCAGUGGUCCCGAUACAAUACCUAUGGACAUUUUGGACCGAACGGAAAUAGCCGAGACCUGAUUUGCGUAAACGGACCACCUAACAGCCAAGUUAAAACAAGAGUUGCCAACCCCAACAUUCCUAUUAACAUCAAUUCCAAAUCUUCUAACCAUCGAGGUUGUAUUUAUGCUGUGGCCUCCUCGAGGCAAAGUUCCUUUACUGCGGCUGCAAAUUUGAACUCUUCUAGUCAUUCGAUGCCAAAACAGACAGAGCCUGGAUGGAAGAAUCCAGAUAGAAACCUAGGAGCGCUUUCAGAUGGCUAUAUUUCAACUCCAGUCCUUUCGCCUACAGUUAUCUCUGUCAGCAGUCCUAUCGAGACGGGUAAGUGUAUGAAAUGA